AUGGCACGUCUGACAAAUAACAGUGAGACAGAACUAGCAAAUUUUCUUCGUACUGUUGUUAGCAUGGAAAGAGAAAGGCGCUCACGCGAGAGUUUCGUUAGUAAUGUGCUCUUCGGCGAGGAAAGAACUCCAGAAAAUGGCAGAAUGGACGGACAAGCUGAGCCUGGAAACGGCUUCGCUUUGGAGAGGGUAUAUUACUCCUUUCAAGACGAUUCCAUGCAAGGAUCAUGUGAUAUUUCAGGCAUAUCAAACAUGCCUGAACAAAAUACCCUUUCCUUGAGAGAAGAUGGGGAUAGAUCUACCCAAGCGGUGCAUAUUGGAACGCCCGUCCAUCCGUUCCUACAACCUCCCCUACAACAAGUGGUAACAGAGUCGAGCCCUUUUCAUCGAAGAGCGAAAACUUCCAUGGAAGACAUCAGUCUAGAUCAGCAGAACGCAGUGGAAGAGCUACAAAACUGUACAAUUAGUGGAGGAGAAAUCCAGAACAAUGGCAUGCACUAUAAAGCACCUUAUGUUGGCGACAGCUUUACUGACAAAACCACCACGUUUUUUAAAAGACGCUGUGCAAAUAAUAAUUUCACACCGCUACAAAUGGUGGGAAAAGGAAACGUUGAAUUGUUUACGCCAGAAAGCAGAGCUUUCUUCUCUAGAACAGACGGCCAGUUUGUUUAUGAACGUGUUUGUGGGCAUAAUGAAGAUACCGACAAUAGCCACUCAAUGAGGACAAUCGAGAAGGAACCUAAUGAAGCGUGGAUGGCAGAUGUUUGUCCUUCCCUUGCCGUGGAAAUCAUGAAAAAUUCUGGAAAGGAAUGCAAAGCUUCAAACAACUAUUUCAACGACUGUUUUCCUGAUUUUUUCAGAAGAAGUCAAGAGACAAAUAAUUUCACUGCUCAAAAAAUGACUGGAAGAGGAAACUCAAAAUUCUAUAGCCCUAAGGGCAGAACCUGCUCUUCGAGAACAGACGGUCACCGCUUUGUUUCUAAAAAUAUUUGCGGGUUCAGUGAAGAUACAAACGACAGCCUCAUGUUGAGGGCAAUUGAGAAGAUGCCUAGUGAAGUAUGCUUUAGAGACGUCUGUCGCACACCUACCUUAGGAGUCGUGCACAAAUUGGAUGUAGGAGUUGAUGCUACACACAACAUUCGUGACAAAGGCACCUCGUUUUCGAGGAGAAAUCAGGGGAACGUUCAUUUUUAUGCUCAACAAGUGGUGGAAGAAGGAACCGCAAAACUAUGUCUCCCAGAGAGCAGAGCUUACUCGUCUAGAGCAAACAGUUGCUUUUUCUUCGAUCAUUUUAAUGAAAUUACCGACAAUACCCUCCUGGUGGGAACGGACGAGGAGUUGCCCAGCGAAGCAUGGAUGAAAGACAUUUCUCAAACCACUGCUGUGUUGCGAAAAAACCCGCAACCGAAAUACUUUGUUCAACUGAACGGAAUGGUCUCAUCUGAACGUGCCACUCAUCCUGAUGUUCAAAAUGCAAAUGCAGAUAACUUUAACGAGCAAUCGAAUCCAAAAGUGGGCUCAGCUAAAAGCAGGAGUUAUCAUAAGUCAAGACCAUCUCAGCUUGCAUCUCAUUGCCAUGGCAAUGCUCAGAUGACACCCAUGUCCAAGAGAUCAGCAGAAGAGUAUCAUGCUUCGAAAAGCAGAGAAAUUAAUAGAGCACGCACUCACGAAGAACAUCCAUUAACAAAUGGUGAAAAAUUUAAAAUGUGCGACGAAAUGAUGCCGCUAAAACGUUGUAAGACCCACAUAAACUAUGCCACUGAGAAGGCGAGAAACCCAAUCCAUUCCAUCUCAAUGAGUGAGCCCCACCUGCCUCAGAUCUCCUCUCAAACAAGCCAGACCCAAACUGUAGAGCGUCUAGUGGAUAUCUCCAACUGGCCCCUCGAGGAUGGUCUGGUUCAUCAAAAUAGGCUGUCUGCUCCCAACCAAAAUCUUACCUUUGGGCAAACUGGAAUCAGCAGGAGAAGUCAGCCUCCUGAAUGUGAAAGAUUACAUGAAUUAAGCUUUGGAAAGUCACCAAACACUGAACUCUUAAUUUGCAAAUCAAAAGAUAGCCUGGUCCUAAAGGAACUUCUCUGUUCUAAGAAGGUCUUUAGAUGCAACAUACCAGGUUGCUCUAAAUCCUUUCCUAAACGAUCUGCUCUAAAAGACCACAUGAGAAUUCACACCGGAGAAAGACCUUUUACGUGCCCAUGGAAGACAUGUAAAAUGAAAUUUAGACGAAGUGACGAAAGAAAGCGCCAUUUUCGAAAGCACACUGGGGAAAAACCAUAUCAUUGUCCAUACUGCGCCCGGUCUUUCUCUCGAUCUGAUCAUCGGAAUUCCCACGUGAAAAAGAUUCACAAUUAUAAACUAUCCGUAUUUUUUACGAGAUUAGAAGGGGUUCACAGAAAAAUGAUGCCUAGUUUUCAGCAUCCAUCGCCACUUCAUUGA